AAUCGGAGGAAAAAAACAGAGUAAAUCAUAUCGGAGUAAAACAAGAAAAACGCCCACUGAAGUUCGUUAAGUUUCGUUUCUUCCACCAUUUUGUUUUCCCGCAUUGGACCGGAGGCGACGGUCUGCUUUGUGCCAGGAUGCAAGCUGUGCGUGUCAAACAUAGAGAUCGACAGAAAUACAUCUGUUUUGAAGGCCAACUGACUUACAGUUCAUUUUUGGAAUGUGCUGCAAAAAAGUUCAGCAUCCCAACCUUGGACUUAAAAGUUUCUGAUGAUUCUAAGACUGAAGUGGAUGAGGAGGUUUUUGAGCUCCUUUUGAAAAGUCCAAACCUUGGUGUGCUGGAAAUUUGUGAAGCACAAGAUCUCCAUCCAGAAGAUAAUCCUAUGGAUCAGCUAAGCUGUGCAGCAAGCAGCUCCUUCACCAGCUCCAGUGGAGAAACUGAAGUGGACUCCGAUGACACCAUUAUAUUGCAACACAGUCCUGUAACAAGACAUAGAGCUGAAGACACCUCUCUUGCCCAAAUGAUUGAAAAUGUUCUAAAGAACAAACCAGGAGGAGACAGGAUCGUCAAUGAAUAUGCGCGGACAAAAAGCCUAACCGACACCAGACGGCGUGAAAUGGUCAAGAUAUUGGUUGCACAUAUGACAAGUGAACAUGGGACAAGUCCCUCCAGACGUAUCAAAGAGGACUAUGCAAAGGGUAUUAUUACCUUGUUCCCUUACCUGGCUGAUCCUAAGAGCAGAUUUGGCUAUGAGCAUUAUUACAAUGCAGAAGAUGGGAGUGGGUAUCUGGCUUGGAGACUGAAGUUUGUCCAGAGGGAAGCUUCUAAUGGACAAAAGAAGGUCCCCAGACUGUCACAAACCCAAACAGGGGGACCAACAACUGACAGAGACUGUUUGAGAGAAGAAGACUGCCUUUUGACAGACAGCUUGUGUUCUGAAGCCAUUGCGCUGAUGAAGCACACAACUGAUGAAGGAACUGUAAUGAGGAAGAUGAAACAGACUUUCAACUAUCGCCAGAAGAUGAUUCAUGACCCAGUGAAGUCACCUGGUAUCUUUUUGGACUUCCCAAGAUUCCUGGACAUGGGAGGAUUGGUUGAGCAAGAUUUUACAUUGAUGUUUGGGGAAGCCAUCUCUGCAAAAUUCCUGGAGAAGUGGCCCACUGUCUACAAGCAGAAAGUCCUCGAACAAAGCCGUGGUCUCACACAGUCUGAUGACCUUGAGAACCUUCUUCACAAUGCUGAAGGCACAACAGAGGUGCAAAAUGGAUGGGACAGUGACAUGUCAUCCAUUCUGAUUCUUGUGCACCUCCUGCCACCGUCACCUCAUGGCCGGAAGAGACCAGGAAAACUCUCAGCCAGAGCAGCCAUUGAACAUCUUGUGAAGUUUGUCAAGACAGGAACCAGCAUCCAGGGGCACCUUGAUGGCAUCGCAGAAAGGCGUCAACCUUACCUGCUUGCAGUAGGGACUCAGAGGGGCGUUAUUCACAAGUACUUCAUUGUGAUUGACAAACAUGCCAUACCUUGUAAAUCACCAGGCCCUCUAGCCUGUUUUGAUGAGCUUUUUAAAGCUCACUUUGUGUUCGGCACUUCAUAUGACCAUGAUCUGGUCAAUGUGUACAAUUUUCUGCAGACCGCCAUUUAUGAGAUAGAUGUUGAGACAACCAAAGUAAAUCCUAGGGUUGCAGAGUUGAGGGCUCGGAUGCUGCGUUAAAUAGUUGUUUUGCUAUGAUUGUUUCAGUAUUAAGUUGAGUUGGAAUGUUCUGCUUCAUUUGUAAGAAGUACCAGACAAAUGCUAAUUCUCUGACCAAGCACUUAAAAUUGAUCCACGGACUUUGC